AUGAAAAUCAACGAUAAAUUGGACACAAACCUUGAUUAUUUGGCCGUUUGUGUGUUCUUCAAAUUCGGAAGGUAAUCUGAUUAUUUUUUUAUCUUUUCUUUUGGUUUUUGUUUCAUCUUUUGUUAUUUUAGCUAUAUUGUUGUAUGUUUAGAGAACCUGACAUCUCGUUCUGCCAGGAUCGUCUAAAGAAGGGCCAAGGCUUCUAUACAUUAAAGACCAGGUCUUUGUCCAACUUUCAGAUCAAUCUUGAAUUGAUUGUAAGUUAUUUUUGUUAAUUUUAGCUUUAUUUUUUGUAACAAUCUCUGAUAUUUCAAGUAUAAGAUGCUUUUGAUGCCUAACCUGUAACGUUUCAGAUGAAUCAAGUGGAGAUAUUGGAAAUGGAUUGGAAUGACAACUUAGCAGUAGUCUACUAA